UGGUAUAAUUAAAAUUUAAUGAAGACAGAGAGAGAGCAACAGCAGGUCUGUACAUUAGAAGCUACUUCUUUGUGCUAUAAGAUGCAUAAUUAACAUCAGGUAAUUUAAAGUAGUUCAGCGGUUAGCUAAACAACACAACACAACACUUCUUGUCCAAACAGCGUAAAGGCAGGCCAUCAGGAUCACCAGCACUUUUAAAAUGAUGUUUUUUCAGUACUAUUUGUUUACUGCUCUGGUGAUAAAUGCUGCAUUAGAAUACUAGAAAAUAUAAUUAAACCCAGUAAUCAGAAACAUAAAGGAACUUACACAACUGCUCAGAUUCGGUCAGCUUCACAGUUUUAAUCCUUGUUAGUAUAUCACCAAUAAUUGAAAAAAUUUGACAACUUAGAGGCAGAGAUCGUUUUUAAGUGUAAUGAUAAACAUUUUCAUAAUUUAAGAACGUUUAUUUAUUUACUUAUUUAUUCUUUACUGUAGUUCUGUCUGUGACCUGCAGGGGCAAGUGUGGCGCUGUAGAUUAUUUGUGCAGUGGUCACACGCAGAGAAGGAGCUGCCGCUGACUGUGACGUGUGUAGAAACCGUAGAGAAACGUCCCCUCUACCCUGGUCAUGUUUCGUUUUGUAAUCUGUUGAAUUAUUUAACGUCUGUCUUUCUUUAUCUUUCUUGCGCUACGUCCUGUAGCGUCUGAACAACUUAACCACCGUGAGCCAGUGUCGAUUUGAGCUUGUUCGCUUGUUUUUGAAGAAAAUGGAGAAUUCAGAGACAAGUCAAUCAACAAGACCACUUCCAGCGCCUGAUAGAGGCAUGUUAAGACCAUCAGUCUCCUCUGAUCAGCAGUCAGAUUCAGCCAGGCCGACCAAGCACAGGGAGCACCCAUCCAAGUCGCCAAGGAGACGGCGGGACGGAAAGAGGUCGCAGCGACGGGGGGGUGGUCACGACCAGCUGCUGUGGGAGAUGGAACGGCGGAGGUUGCCAGGCCAACAUGAGCACUUGGAGACCCCCGGUUCAUCGUGCGACACAGCAGAAAGCUCUCCUAAGAGAAAAGCCCACUUUCUACAUGGACCGUAUCCAGCCACUCACUUUGGACCCAAAGCCUGUAUUCUUCCCAAUCCAACUUCUGUCAUGCACAUCCAGGAUCCUGCCAGCCAGAGGCUCACCUGGAAUAAACCUCCAGUCAACGUACUCGUCAUCAGAAAAAUUAGAGAUGAGAGUCUGGUUGAGCCUUUCAAAGAGCUCUGCAGGUUCCUAGUAGAGGAGAAGCAGAUGAUGGUGUAUGUGGAGCGCAGGGUAGCAGAUGACGCUACGCUGUCAAAGGACGAGGCCUUUGGCUCCAUCCGCAAUCAGCUCUGCACCUUCAGAGAGGGUUAUGAUGAUAUCUCUGACUGCAUCGAUCUCAUCAUCUGUCUCGGUGGCGAUGGGACUUUGCUGUAUGCAUCGUCUCUAUUCCAGGGCAGCGUCCCGCCAGUCAUGGCGUUUCACCUCGGCUCCUUGGGGUUUCUGACACCAUUCAAGUUUGAGUCAUACAAGACCGAAGUGGCCAAAGUGUUUGAGGGCAACGCAGCAAUAACACUGCGCAGCCGUCUGAAGGUGAAGGUGGUGAAGGACAUGCUUCAGAGAGCUGGACAGCAGUCCUACAGCAGAGACAUGCAGCAGCAGGUGGAGCACAAUGGACUUCUUCCUCAUGGACACACCAACAGUGAGGCUGGCAAGGUUACACUGCAGCUGCAGGUGUUGAAUGAGGUAGUUGUGGAUCGAGGCCCUUCCUCUUACCUGUCCAAUGUAGAUUUGUACCUUGACGGACGUCUUAUCACCUCAGUACAGGGAGAUGGUGUGAUUGUGUCCACACCCACAGGCAGCACAGCAUAUGCAGCUGCAGCAGGAGCCUCAAUGAUCCACCCUAAUGUCCCUGCCAUCAUGGUCACACCCAUCUGUCCACACUCACUCUCCUUCAGGCCCAUUGUUGUCCCUGCAGGAGUGGAACUCAUGAUCACCCUCUCUCCCGAUGCAAGAAACACUGCAUGGGUGUCGUUUGAUGGCAGGAGGAGACAGGAGAUCCAGCAUGGAGACUGCAUUAAGAUCACUACGUCUUGUUACCCCGUGCCGUCCAUCUGUUGUCAUGACCUGGUGUAUGACUGGUUUGAAAGUCUGGCUCAGUGUUUGCACUGGAACGUACGUAAGAGGCAGGCCCGACUCGCUGACAUCUCAGACUCAUCAGACACAGAAAACUGAAGUCCCCAAGUGUUUUUCCUCGGUCAUGUCAUUACAUUCCAGUGCAUACACACUGUAGUUUUAUCUGUAGCUUCCAAUUAAGAAUGCAUGUUUCCCACCCAGGAACGGUAGAAGUCCCAAUGAUUACAUCAUAAUGCAAAAUGACUGAGGAUGAUCACCCAGACAUUUCAUUUAUAUUCUGAAAACUUUCUUACUUAAUUACUUAACUAGCACGUUUAAAUGGAAGUGUUGUAUGUUGGCAUGAACUUAGUUAAUUUAUUGACAGGUUAAAGGUGAAAUUAAGUAGACUGAACUGUUCCUACUCAGCUCUCAAAUGUGAAAUUGUACAUAAAGGAUUCUCUUAGUUUAUUUAACGUCAUAUUUAUGUGAUAUUUAUAUAUUUUUAAAACUUGAGUUUGGAAUUGUCGUGAUAGUAAUUUAAUUAAUACUUAAUUGUUAUUGCUUAGUCAAAUACACUUGUAAGCAAUUGUUUUUGCAUCAUACAGAACCUCUGCUCUGUAGUUUUAGCUGCCUUCCAGACCGCAUUUAGGAGAAAUGAGGCAGAGAAUCACAAACCAGGUGUGCCAAUUUCAUGACUGAUAACCUGUCAGGCUGUGGCAGAGGGUAGCAAUGUUAAAAUAAAGCAUAAAUACUGUUGA